GUCACUACUAAGAACGUUCAAAAGGAAUAUUAGGGGAUUCAUAGACUUGGCACUUGUCUAAAAGAUUGCAGUGUAAUAAGUUUCACCGAAACUGGGGGAAGCCUUUUUCUCAGGGUUUGCUGCAGACUGAGUGUACUUUUGUUAGUUGCAAACUUUGUGCAUUUAUUUUGUUUAUAACACAAGUGGAUAAAUCUAAUUCCACAGCAUAAGGACAGUCUACAGAAGGAUUCUUCUACGAAUUUUGUAACAUUCCCGUCCAUUCAGUUUUUACAAAAUGUUUACUCCAAGCUAUGGAGACAUCAUGAAUUCAACUCUAGAAGUGACAGAUGAUCCUGAAUACUCAAGCAGCGAAGGCUAUGGAGACUAUGACUAUGACACUGAAAGCUAUACCAGCUUGUCAGGACCACACUGCAGGGAAACAAUAUGUGUAAUCAUGGUUAUUUUAAAAGUGAUUAUUUUCCUGCUUGGUAUCGUUGGAAAUGGAGCAGUGAUCUGGAUUGCAGGUUUUAAGAUGAAGAAGUCAGUUAACACCACCUGGUACCUGAGCCUGGCUUUAUCUGAUUUCAUUUUCUGCAGUACCCUCCCUAUAACCAUUGUCCAUACAGUUACAGACAAGUGGUCAUUUGGUCUCUUCAUGUGCAAGUUCACAUCAUUUGUAAUGUUCCUCAACAUGUACAGCAGCAUCUUCAUUCUCGUCAUUAUAAGUGUGGACCGCUGUUUGACCGUCAAGUUUCCUGUAUGGGCCCAAAAUCAUCGCUCUGUAGUCAAGGCUUCGGUUGUAGUUGCAGUGACUUGGCUCAUGUCGGUUUUGCUUAGUAUACCACCACUGAAAUUCAGAGAAAUUGCUAUUGAGGAAACAUCUAUGAUAUGUUACAACAAAUACGAGGGAGAUCACAAUCACCAAACUGUCGUUUUCCUUCGAUUUUCUUUGGCGUUUUUAAUCCCAUUGCUCAGUAUUUGUUUCUGCUACUUCACCCUGAUCUGUAAACUUAGUGCAAACCAAAUAUCCAAAUCCAACAAGCCCUACAAGAUCAUGACACUUUUGAUUGUGACUUUUUUCCUCUGCUGGAUGCCAUUUCAUAUUGUUGCUAUGAUAGAGUUUGGUGCAUCUAAUGGUAGCGCAGACUUUUGUUCAGCCAUUUACUCAGCCCAAAGAAUAACCGUUACUCUUGCCAUCUCAAACAGCUGUCUAAACCCAUUCCUAUAUGCUUUUAUAGGCAAGGAUGUAAAGAGAUGGUAUUCGUUUGUGUCAAAGAUUGAAAAGGCCUUUGGGGCGACACAGUAGCUCACUGUUGCCUAACAGCAAAAAGUCCCUGGUUUGAGCCCUGGCUAGAUCAGGUGGCCUUUCUGUGUGGUUUGAAACUAAGGCUUAAUCCUGGUUUAAGCUAAUCCCUGUCCAGGAAACCACCCCAUGUGUUAAAUGACACAUAAUACAUUAAAAGCAUAACACAAAAAAAUUUGUAACAAAUAAACACAUCUUUUCUUAGUCACAAACCUAUCAUCUCACCCACAAACAAGUAAAUAGAAUAGGUGUUAGGGCAUUAGGUAAUUCAGAAUUUAUUAGCUUUAAAUCAGUAUUUCUUAAUCUUUCUGACACUUUCACUUUGGUUUUUUCAAACAUGUACAUCUGUAUCUCCAUUUUAUUUCUUUUGCAGUUCUGAUUUUA